CUGAAUCCGGAUGUCGACUGCGGUAAGAACGUUUGUUUUCUUAGAUUACCGACGGCUCGUUUUGCAAGUCCGACCAGCACCAGCGAGAGUCCAUGUAGCAGUUAAGGUGUCCCAACCUUUUCAGCUGAACACAAUCUUACUGGGAUGAUAUCAUGGAUAGAGACAAUCAUCAUGAAGGAGAGAAAGAAGGAGUUAAGAUAUGUCAUCCACACUUAGAAGUCAACAUACAAGCGGCCGACACGCUAGCGACCUCACUUUCACUUUUGGGGAAUCACAUGUUUCCUGACCUCAUGGCAAGAAAUGCUGUAAAAAAAGAGGAGCCCACAGAUUCGCUCUUGUCAGAUGUUCCAGCAGAAGAACCCGCUCUGGACUCGUCUCUUCCUAAUCUGGCGACAAAUUUAGAAAACGAGGGGUCUCAGAGCGACGUCUCCACCUUGGAAGUGGAUGGAAUAACCACCGAUGGCGCUCAAAACGACCAGAGCGACUCAGGAGAGUUUGUCGUCACCAUGCUGGCCAAGGCCAAGCUGGAAGAGCAGGGUUUGGGCGUCAAGGGACGGUCGUCUCCAUUGAUAGAGGUGGGCACUCAGGAGUCUCCGGCCUACGUGUCCCACCGUGAUGAGGACGUGACGGCCGACAGCUGGCGGCAGCACAGGAAGCAUGUGUUUGUGCUGAGUGAGGCGGGCAAGCCCAUCUAUUCUCGAUACGGCAGCGAAGAGGCUCUGUCGUCUACGAUGGGGGUCAUGAUGGCGCUGGUGUCCUUUGUUCAAAGUGGAGAUAAUAUCAUACGCUCAGUCUAUUCAGAGGAGAACACCGUGGUGUUCCUCCAGAAAGGCCCUCUGGUGCUGGUUUGCGUCUCCAGCAGCCGCCAGUCAGAGCAGCAGCUGCGCGGCGAGCUCCUCUACGUCUACUACCAGAUCAUCAGCAUGCUCACGCAGGCCAGCAUCUCGCGCAUCUUCGAGCACAAGAAGAACUACGACCUGCGGCGGUUGCUUGCGGGCUCAGAGAAGAUCCUGGAUGGCCUCCUCAACUUGGUGGACUCGGACCCCAGCUUCCUCUUGGCAGCCGUGCACUGCCUGCCCCUUGCCUCCUCUCUCAGGGAUUCGCUCAGUCAGAUCCUGCAGAAGGCCAUCACCCCCAACCUGGUCUUCUCCAUUCUCAUCGCCAAGAACCAGCUGCUCACCAUCGUGCAAGAGAAGACCGUCAUCGAGGAUGCCCGCUUGGAGCCUGCCGACGUCCAUCUGCUGCUCAACCUCAUCGGUGCCUCGUCCGCCUUCCAGGCCGGCGAGAUCUGGACUCCCAUCUGCCUGCCGCUCUUCAACCCUGACUGUUAUUUCUACGCGUACAUCUCCUACCUGGACCCCCCCGAGUGCACUGUGUGCUUGCUGCUGCUCUCCACGGACAAGGAGGCCUUCUACGCUGUGGCUGAGUGCAAGAGGAAGAUCGAGGAGGCCAUGGUGGCUCAGAACUCGCUCAGCCUCAUCGCCAAGGCGCAGUCGUACAGCGUUAGCCAGGUGGGCGUCUCUGACCUCAGGCAUUUCAUGUACAAGCCCUUCGACGUUCCCGACAACCACCGCCAGCUCACACAGUUCACCAGCCCAGAGAUGGAGGCCCCAUACAGCAGCGAGGAGGAGAAAAUGAGACUGCUGGACCUUUAUCGUUACAUGCACAGCCGCAUCCACAGCACCUCGAGACCCCUCAAGCUCAUCUACCACGUAGCCGAGAGGGAAACUCUGCUAGCAUGGGUGACAAGCAAAUUCGAGCUGUACACCUGCUUCAGUCCCCUAGUGACCAAGGCCUGCGCUAUCACGGUCAUCACCAAGCUCCUCAGGUGGAUCAAGAAGGAGGAGGACCGCCUCUUCAUCAGGUACCCGCCCAAGUAUUCGACCACGCCCAAUCCCAGCAAAAGCUCGCGGGCGGCCAAGUCGGACCAGCAGGACUCUACAGAUAAUAACGGCUUCCUGUCUCUCCUAUGAGACUGUCGGGAGAUCAGCGGGAAUCAAACACUACCUUUACCCACACUAUUUAAUUGAAAAGGAAGCGCUUUCCACGCAAAGCGAGCAGAGGUAGGAGAGUUUUAAUUUGAGCUGUUAGAAAGUGAUGACAGAACUAUUUAAGUGUUUUUACGUGGUUUUAUUGUUCGACAUCUCAUGGACUAUGAAUGUAUCAGGUGAGACUUCUUUACCACGAUUAUGCAAACCUAAUGUGGUGAGAAAAAGAGCAGGCCGAAAGCAGCAACAGUCGUAAUAAUUCAUCAAAUGUAUUUUUUUAGCCAUAAAUGCAACAACAGGUAAAAAAAACAUAGGAAACCUUUUCCCGUUACAACCCAACUGUCUGCCGUCAUUUUUAAGUGUUCUCAUUCCACAAGGCUGUUUCCAUUCACGCACUUCCAUACUUGGACUGAAUAUUUUGAGUGCAUACUGUAGCUGCGGCGUCAGAAUAAAGGUGUUGCACUCAACUCGAUAGAACUAACCACGCUUGACUAUGUAGCGGAAGUGGAGGGACUAACUCCAGUGGUUGAAAUUCACAAUUAAAAAGGGGAUAAAUAUCGACAACAUUUCUGGUAAGUGCGCAAACACUGUAAUGUAUCCGGGACAGCACUACACUGUCAACAUUGGCGCCCUCAGGAACUACGUACACAUUUUACAUAGGAUACAUAUUGAAGUGUGCGAUUUGGAACACAGCCGGUGUAUCAAUCGGCCCACUUCCAUGUUUGCUCUUAGCGUUUUGAGUGCAUACCUGCGUUCAUACUGAGUAGUAUGGCAAAAGUGAGUGUGCAGUGAUGGAGACUAACCUAACCGCCCCCAGUCAACGUUACUUUGGCCAUGUAGCGGAAAAGGAAGGGGGCUGAUGUGAGUUAUUUCAAUUUACCAUUAAAAAGAACCGAAGAAACAGAAGACUGUCAACAUUGGCACCCUCAAGAGUAUGCAGUAUACCUUACAUAUUGAAAUAAGUAUGGAAGUGUACAAUUUAGAAAAUUCCAGAAUUAAGGCGUCAUGGCUGUGUUACAAUUGGCACACUUUCCUACUUACACUUCAAUAUACAGUAUAUGAAGCACAAGUAUGUACACUCACUGCAUACUUAGUUUUAGAGGACGGCAAUUUUGACAGUGUAAUGCUGACCUAAAUAAAUGACUAACGUUGUGCACUUACCAGAAAUGCGUAAAUUGUUAUUCUCUCCUUUUAAUGGUGAAUUGCAAACACUGGAGUUGGUCCUUCUCCUUUCGCUACGUAGCCAAAAUGGCAUUGACUGAAGGCGGUUAGGAUCCACGGCUGCAGCAACUGUGUACUGAAAGUAUUUGUCUAUGGAUAUUGUUAUUCAUCCAGGUCAUUGUAAUCUCAGGGCAUUCAAUCGAUCGCAACUGGACUGAUGCCUACUUGGAUGAGAGGCGAAAGGUCUUCUAAGACAAACCAAACAGUCCAGUUGAGACCGAUUUGAAUGCCCUGAGAUUUGCUGUAGUUGUUGUAUGAAUGCACUCAAAAUGACUAAAUGUAGGUAAGUAUGGAAGCCAACUGAAUCCCUGUCUUAAAACGUUGUACUGUACCGAUAGUUUGUUUCUUUCUGUAGAGAAUUCAGGAUCCUUUUCUAAGUCCGGUUUUGUAAGAAAGACAGCAGGCUCAUUCUGUCUGUGGUUGUCACUUUAAAGUCUUAAAAGAGUAUUAAAUGUCUAAUAGUAUUAAGAAAUAAAUGCACAAAUACUGUUCCGUGAAUGCACUUAUUCUUG